CUUCCCCAGACAGGUCUCACGACUGUGCCUAUCCGAGCCCAUCAAUAAUGGAGCUAUCUAUUCGCCGUCGAUACCAACGAAUGCCGUUUGGAGUUCUGGAUCCUGAUGCUUCUGUUGCUACCGUGAUGGUCUGUUCGCACUCGAAUUGAAUCAAUGGAGAUGGUUGUAACGGAUGGAAGCACAGGGGACGCCGCACGUCUGCUCGAUUCUAGUGGACGUGGAGCUAAGCUACUUCUUUGACCAGCCUACAGAUACAACAUUUACCUUUCUGGAACCUCUCGAUACUUGUACCACACCUUCCUAGGGAAUGCCCCAGUGAGAUUAUUUAGCUCACAAUCAUUAAGAUGAAGACAGUUGCUCUGGAACUUUUCCACCAGGGACCUGGGGAAGUGGAGAUGAGCUUGACAAAGCAGAGCUUCCUGAUCAGGCUCACGGCGUGUUGCCUCCGUCACCAAAACGAGCCCAAUCAGGAGGAAAUUUCUCCAAUGAACUGCGCAUGAAUCUCGAGAAAGCGGAUCUCGUCCAACUUGCCAAGGACUCCCGCCACAUUAAAUCGGGUGAGGGGUAAGCAAGCGAAAAACAUCCCAGACCUGUGGUUUGUGGACUUCAUUAUUUGACUGUCUGGCAUGUAAAGCAGAAAUCUGCUGGUGCAGGCUUCACGACUGGGGUGCACUGGAUGGAGAUGCUGCCCGCAAAUCCGGGGUGGCCAGCUUAAGCCUCUUUGAGCAAUAUAGGCUUACUGCUCCCGGGGCAGUCGCCUGGACAGGUGAACUGAUGGCUGCACUAAGCAGUUCGACAGGGUGCGGAUUCUGGCGCAUGUCACAUAAAGGUACGGCAGGCCCUGUGAGCGGGUUUUGUUCUCGGAUGCUGCCCGUUCGACGUUGAUUUCGAUCUCUCGAUAUUUCGAGCAUUGUCACGGCCGACAGAGCCAUUCUCGACUAUUUGUGUCGCCCAUCAUGGCCGAUAAAUUUGAUGAUGGCGCCAGUAAUUAUAUGGUGGAAUAUGCUGGUGUUCACAGUCUGGAUAUGAAACACUCAGAGGUGGAGGUCAAGAUAAUAAGGGGAAAUGAGGCAUUUAACGAAGCGAUGAUGAAGGAGCCUCCGAGGCCUUUCACUUCUGCAACACUGCAACUUUACGCUGCUUGUUUUAUCGGCUUUUUCUGUGCCACGAUGAACGGCUACGACGGAUCUCUGAUCAACAAUCUCUUGGCAAACCGACCUUUUCUCGAGUACUAUCACGGCCAAAAUGCCGGGAUCUGGGCUGGACUUGUAACGAGCAUGUACCAAAUUGGAGGCGUGGUAUCGCUGCCUUUCAUCGGACCAUCAGCCGACACUUACGGACGUCGCUUUGGAAUGUGGAUAGGAUGUCUUUUGAUCAUUGCUGGGACAGUCAUUCAGGGUACUGCCGGUCCGGCUCAAGGUGUCAAUCAAUUUAUGGGAGGUCGCUUCUUACUCGGAUUCGGAGUCAAUGUUGCCUCCGCUGCAGGACCGAUGUACGUUGUCGAGGUCUCGCAUCCGGCCUAUCGCGGAAUCGUGACCGCCAUCUUUAAUUGUUUCUGGUUCACCGGAUCAAUAAUUGCAAGCGGUGUAGCACGAGGAGGUACUGACCUUCCAGGAAAUGUUUCCUGGAGACUCAUUAUUUGGUUUCAAUUGAUGUUUGCUGUUGUCAUCUUCGUUGCCGCUUUCUUCUUACCAGAAUCUCCACGAUGGUUGUACGUCAACAACAAGCAAGAUCAAUCGAAGGCUAUGCUCACGAAGUAUCACGGAGAGGGCAAUCCAGAUAGUGAAUGGGUUAAGCUUCAGUUGAACGAGUAUGAGGAAUUAUUGGAGAUGGAUGGAGCGGACAAACGUUGGUGGGAUUAUAGGGCGCUUUUCAAAAAUCGCUCCACUCGCUAUCGUCUCAUGUGCAAUGUCUCGAUAUCUAUCUUUGGUCAAUGGGCUGGCAAUGCCGUCCUCUCAUAUUUUAUGAGCAAAGUCCUCGACACCAUCGGUUUAGACGACGAAGUCAAACAAGCAAACAUCAUCCUGAUCAAUAAUUGCCAACAGUUCUGCUGGGCCCUCGUCGGCGCCAACUUGGUCGACAGAGUCGGUCGUCGACCUCUCCUCCUGUUCUCCAACAUAGGCUGCUGUUUCGUCUGGCUCGCAAUGACCACCUCCGCCGCCAUCUACCAGAACUCCAUUCCUGCCCCAACAGAAGCAGUCCCCGAUCCAGUUGGCACGAACACCGUCGCUGCCACUACCUCGCUUGUUUUCAUCUUCGUAUUCGGCGCAGUCUAUUCUAUUGGUUUCACACCUCUGCAGGCUCUCUACCCCGUUGAAGUCCUCUCCUUCGAGAUGCGUGCCAAGGGAAUGGGAUUCUCUGGUUUUGCCGUCGCUGCUGCCCAAAUGCUCAACCAAUUCGCCUGGCCCGUCAGCAUGGAGAAGAUCGGAUGGCACACAUACAUCAUCUUCACAAUUUGGUGCGGCAUACAAUCCAUCGUCGUCUUCUUCUUCAUUCCCGAAACUAAGAACCGCACGCUCGAGGAACUCGAUGAGAUUUUCGAUUCGCCCAACCCGGUUAAGACAUCGAUUUCGAAGAAACGCUUGGGCUUCGAUGCGUAUGGCGAGGUUGUUAAUAUUGAGGAUAUGUGAUUGUGAGUGCGAGGAAGUUUCGAGGUUGAGAUUGGAAUGGUGGUGGUAGAGGAGCGAGAACGGAAGGGUUUUGAGGAAUUGAUGAAGCGGGGACCUGUGAGGAGGAUGCAUGGUUUUAUACCCCUUUUUAAAUCGGACGCGGAGGUUUAAAGGACUAUUAUGAGAAGUCAAAGUGAGGAAAGGAAACUUUCGAAGGUGGAAAAUGGUAACCUGACGCGAGUCCACGAGAGUACAAGAUACACAGACCGUCAAGAGGCAAUGAAGAGGAGGAAGUCGUGUGAAGUGGUGGCACUGGAAUAUGAUCUCAACAAGAGGUCUGGAAUGGAAUUCCAUCGGAUACGAUCCGACAUGUGCAUCUGUACAGUACACGACCAUGACAAGCAAGUAUCAAGGAAAGAAGCGGGAGUCGGACGGAAUAGCAGGAUCAGGAGCAGGAGGAGUUGGAGUAGGGUGUUUCUAGGCUAUCAUACCACAUUAUGAUUUUUAUACGUACGCCAUUUGUUGCAUAGGCAUGGACUUCCCUCGGAAUGGAUAGGAAAGCUUGGAUGGAAUGGUUAGCCAGGUGCUAUCAAGAAAAUAUCAGAUACUGAAGGAUAUAUGGCUGAUUUUCAUUCUGUGUUGAGUAAGUGAUCGUUUGAUACCUUUUGCAGUGUAGCCCAUAAAGUGUAUGAAAUGGCCAAGCCAUGAAGCUGUGGAUGAUAUUAUAUGGCGAUUGAUGGUCAAAGAGUGACAAUAAAGUUCAAUUUGGCGGUGUAAAAUAAGCGAAGCCCUGCUGAGGUUGUGUUUAUGAAAUAAGCGAAGGUUUUGUCGUGACAUAAAUUGUUCUUGAGGGUGUCCGUGAGUUCCCAUAAGUAGAUUCAUGGUUUAAUACGCUUCACUAAGAAGAAAGGCAUCGCAUUGGUGUGGUUUCCUUGGGUCCCUAUCUUGCUAUUUAAAGUCCUUGUUCUGAUACAAAGGAAAUUCAUUAUUUUCGGCCAUAACAUGUUGCACGCACCCGUUCCAAAGUCACAUUCAUUAAUGUUGAAAAAGCAUAAUCAAUCCUGGCGUACAGUCAGUCUCUCACGGGUCAACUCCUUGUUUGAAUGUCUCCCUGAUGAACCUGACUCAAAACGUCCCCUUUGGCAAUCGAAGUCUCAAGCUGCUGUUG